AUGAAACGUGAAACAGUCGCCAUGUCAAAACCACAAUUCUCAACUUCCUCGGAUAUGAGCGAGGCUCAACCUCCGACCACCAAGCCGACAGUAUGGAAUCGCUUUGCAACACAUAUGAAAAGAUUCUGGUGGGCGUAUUUGAUCGCGUUCUGCGUAAUUGUUCUGGUCACCGUUCUUCCAAUCCUUUAUGUUGGUGUCCCCCAUUUUGCAGAGAACUAUAUCAAUAAUUCUGCGUACGGCUAUGAUGGCCUGGAAAUUACGAAUCCCCGACCAACUGCCUUCCACGUGAGGCAAAAGAAGUCCCUCCCACAAGGGGGCGCGGUGACCGGAAGUGGUCAUUUGGAUGCUUUCAAUGCCACUUGCCGCCUGAAGGAAACCAAUGAGGCCUUUGGAUCACUCUCAGUACCUCAGAUUGCAUUCGGAAAUGGCGCGUUCCUAAACAUAGACCAGGACGUGGAGCUAUCCUGCGUUGACUGCAUGUCGGAAAUUGCCAAGAAUGCAGCAUCGAACAAGAGCUCUUCGCUCGUCAUGGAAGGUGCCUCAGACUUACACCUUGGGCGCAUUCCCACUGCCCAUGUGAAUAUCCAGAAGAACAUGCACGUAGGCAGCUAUAAUGUGACAGAAUAUCUGAAUGGCGAUGGCUCAUUCAAUAUCAGCAGUAUAGACCUACUGGAUCCUCCCGUCGAUGGCUACAACUUCAAUGCCACGAUUACCGUGAAGAAUCCCGGCGUCUUCAGCAUCGAACUGGGCCAAGCCUCAUUCAAUCUCACAAUGGAUGGCAAAGAUCUGGGCUACGUGGUUCUGCCGCAUCUCUUUUUGGAGCGCGAACCAAAAGAAACCAUAGUUCUUGGCUCGAUUGACAAAGGAAUGUUGAUUCACGAGGCCAUUGCAGGCAGCGAUGAUUUUGGGACCGUGACGGUUGGAAUCCAUGGACACAGCUGUUCUUACAAUGGAGUCGAUAUUCCAUACUUCACGGCAGCCAUCAAGGCUAUCUCUGCACCUUCGAAGCUGGAUUUGCUGAAAUAUGCAUCAAAAUUGUUUACGUGA